CGAUGUUUGCUGGCAUCGCCUCGCCCUGCCUGUGUGCGUGUGUGUGUGUGUGUGUGUGUGUGUGUGUGUGUGUGUGUGUGCGCGCGUGUGUCGGUGCGAGAGUGUGUGUGUGCGUGUGCGAAUACCAGAUUUCCUCCCAUCCCAAGCCUCCCUGUCCUCUCCCAUAUCACUCACUGCCUGGCAUCUGACAGCAGCGAACCUGCAGCGCUCCGCGCACACACACGCACGCACACACACACCACGCACACCCGGCACCGCUCCGCCAUACAGCUCUGCGAGGAGGAGGAGGAGAGGAGAGGAAAGGGAGGAAGCAGCCAGCCCCACAGUCUUUCCAGAGCCGCCUUUUUAAUAUAUACAUAUCUAUUUUGUUAUUUAUUUAUUACCGUUCUCUGGCACUGUGGGCGCCUUUCAUUUGCUCCUGAUCUUGGAUGUUUGAAUCAAAGCAAAGCAAGUGUUGCAACAGUUAAAAAAAAAGAAAGAAAGAAAGAAAGAAAAGCCAACCAAAAAAAAGAGAGAGCAAGAAACCUAGAUCUCUAAAAUAAAAUAAAAAGCCAAACAGGUUCCUAUCAGUGAAGUGGAAAGGAGGGGGGCAGGGGAGGCUUGUCUGGGGGGUGUCGGGGAAAGCAGCUGAGAGGCAGAGGCAGAGACACACGGCUCAGGAGCGUCUCAGGGCUCUCGGAUCUGGGGACAGAAGUGAGAUUGGAGAAAGUAGAGCGAUGCCAAGGAGGAAACAGCAAGCACCCAAACGGGCUGCAGGUUAUGUCCAAGAGGAAGAUUUAAAAGAAGAGGAAGAUAUAAAGGAGGAGGAAGAAGAUGACGAUGACAACAAUUCAACUGCUCAGCUUCAGGGCAGCAAUGACACUGGUACAGAUGAGGAACAUGAAGUGGGACCUGAGCAGAAAGGGAACUUUAGUUACCAGAAUUCUCCGGUCAGUCAUAUAUCUAAUCAGGAUGUAGAAAAUGAAUCACUACUGAGUGAUGGUAGUGACCACGUGACAGAUAUUAAAAGCAUUUGCUCUAGAGAGCCACAGGAUCCAAAAACCAGCGCCCAUCCCAAAGGCCAGAAUGAAGCACAUGAUUGCAUGGAUAAAAUGACAGCAGUCUAUGCCAACAUACUGUCAGACUCUUAUUGGACAGGCUUAGGGCUGGGUUUCAAGUUGUCUAACUCGGAAAAGAGGAGUUGUGACAACAGAAAUGGAGGUAACAAAGCUGAUUUUGAUUGGCACCAAGAUGCAUUGUCAAAAAGCUUACAACAGAAUUUACCUUCCAGACCUGUCUCGAAACCUAACCUGUUCAGUUCAGUCCAGCUCUACAGGCAGAGCAGCAAAAUGUGUGGAGCUGUAUUCACAGGUGCUAGCAGGUUUAGGUGCAGGCAGUGCAGUGCUGCCUACGACACUUUGGUAGAACUAACGGUUCAUAUGAAUGAAACAGGUCAUUACCAAGAUGACAACCAUAAAAAAGACAAGCACAGACCUACCAGCUACUCAAAGCCCCGAAAAAGGGCUUUCCAGGACAUGGACAAAGAAGAUGCACAAAAAGUUCUGAAAUGUAUGUUCUGUGGUGACUCUUUUGAUUCCCUUCAAGAUCUGAGUGUUCAUAUGAUAAAAACAAAACAUUACCAAAAAGUGCCUUUGAAGGAGCCGGUACCAACCAUUUCCUCAAAAAUGGUCACUCCAGCAAAGAAACGUGUGUUUGAUGUUAACAGGCCUUGUUCCCCCGAUUCCACAACGGGGUCUUUCUCAGAUACUUUUUCUCCUCAGAAGAAUGCAAACCUGCAGUUAUCAUCUAACAACCGGUAUGGCUAUCAAAAUGGCGCUAGCUAUACAUGGCAGUUUGAGGCCUGCAAAUCCCAGAUUUUGAAGUGUAUGGAAUGUGGAAGCUCACAUGACACCUUGCAGCAGCUUACUACUCAUAUGAUGGUCACUGGCCAUUUCUUGAAAGUCACAAGUUCAGCUUCAAAAAAAGGAAAGCAGCUCGUUCUGGAUCCUUUAGCUGUGGAAAAGAUGCAAUCACUGUCUGAAGCACCAGCCAAUGACAGCCCAGUUUCAAAAAUAACCAGUAAAUCAUCUUCAGAAUGCAUAGCUCCCACCUCUGAACUAAAAAAAGAAACUAAAAAAGAUAAGACUGAUGAUACAAACAAAGAUGAGAAAGUGGUAAAAACUGAAGAGUAUGAAGACACACUUCAGAAACCACUGGAUCCUACAAUGAAAUACCAGUACCUCAGAGAAGAAGAUUUAGAAGAUGGUUCAAAGGGUGGUGGGGACAUUUUAAAGUCAUUGGAGAACACUGUCACAACAGCCAUCAAUAAAGCUCAAAAUGGAGCUCCUAGCUGGAGUGCAUAUCCUAGUAUCCAUGCAGCUUAUCAGCUUUCAGAAGGAGCUAAGCCGUCUUUGCCUGUGGGUUCCCAAGUAUUGCAAAUCAGGCCAACAAUCACCAAUAAAUUGAGGCCCAUUGCUCCGAAGUGGAAGGUCAUGCCUCUGGUCCCUAUCUCAGCAAAUGUGGCCCAGUGCACUCAAGUGAAGAAGGAAACUGAUGACAAGGAAGAUGUACAAAAGGACUAUGCUAAAGAGGGCAUCCAAGCUGAACCUGCCCCGCUCUGUCAGAACGAAAGAGAACCUCUCCUCAAAUGUGAAGCUUCUGUGGAGCCAAAAAAGACAGAACCAUGUCCCUUGAAAGAAGAAGACAAGAUAAAAGAGGACAGUGGAAAAGAAAAAACAGUCCUCAAGGAACCAACAGCAGCUUCUCUUAGUAAUGGUUGCACUGCUGCCAGCCAUUCUUCUGAACUGCCUUGUGUCAACCCACUUAGUGCCCUCCAGUCAGUGCUGAAUAAUCACUUGGGCAAAGCCACUGAACCUUUACGGCCCCAAUCCAACUCCAGCCCCAGCUCUAGCACAAUUUCUGUGUUCCACAAAUCUAAUUUAAAUAUGAUGGAGAAGCCAGUUUUAUCUCCUGCUCCAACCCCACCAAAGCCUGCAAGUGUAUCCAGGCACUAUUUGUUUGAAAACAAUGAUCAGCCUAUUGACCUGACCAAAUCUAAAGGCAAGAAAGCUGAGUCAGCUCAAGCACAAUCUUGUACUUCUCCACCUCAAAAACAUGCUCUUUCUGACAUUGCUGACAUGGUCAAAGUUCUUCCCAAAGCUACUACGCCAAAACCUGCUGCAUCUUCGAGGAUCCCAUCUAUGAAAUUGGAAAUAGAUGUCCGACGCUUUGAGGAUGUCUCUACAGAAGUCUCUACUCUGCAUAAAAGGAAGGGCAGACAGUCAAACUGGAACCCUCAGCAUCUUCUCAUUUUGCAAGCUCAGUUUGCUUCCAGUCUCUUCCAGACUUCUGAAGGUAAAUAUUUAUUAUCAGAUCUAGGCCCACAAGAGCGCAUGCAGAUUUCAAAAUUUACUGGACUGUCGAUGACCACCAUCAGCCAUUGGUUGGCAAAUGUCAAGUACCAACUUAGGAAAACUGGAGGAACAAAGUUUUUGAAAAACAUGGACAAAGGGCAUCCAAUCUUUUAUUGCAGCGACUGUGCGUCUCAGUUUCGAACCCCCUCUACUUACAUUAGCCACUUAGAAUCUCACCUAGGUUUCCAAAUGAAAGACAUGAACAGGCUGGCUGUGGAGCAGCAAACCAAGGUAGAGCAAGAAAUCUCCAGAGUUUCAGUUCAAAGAUCUCCUGAAACAAUAGCUGGAGAAGAGGACACAGACUCUAAGUUCAAAUGUAAGUUGUGCUGUCGGACAUUUGCGAGCAAACACGCAGUAAAACUUCAUCUAAGCAAAACACACAGCAAGUCACCAGAACACCAUUCACAAUUUGUAGCAGAAGUGGAUGAAGAAUAACUCUUAAGGAGACAACUGACAUUCUGUGGUAAAUGGAAGAAAGAGCAGAGCAGAACUGAAAAUCCUCUAAUGCACUGACACUAACUUGCCCUCUAUUGUUGAAAAUGAGCAGGCAAUCAUGAUUGUUCAUCAAAUGGCUCCUAAUGCAGUUAAAGCAUUCAGCUAUAAUUUCUCCUUGCAUUUAUAAUUACUGUCAUAGACUGCACACCUCAGUGAGCAGAUUAAAGCUAUAAACUAUUUAGCCGUAGCUUUAAGAUGAGGAACUUGAUUUGUCUGGCAGCAGUUAUUUGUUAGAGAGCUUGACACUUCACAUAAAAAUGACUCAACUUGAUGAAGAACAAUGCAGUUUAAGCAAUGCAGUGAUUUUAAAUCAGUCAUUAUACCACGCCCUGUAAGAAUUGCAAAGCAAUUUGUUAAAUGAUAUAUAGGACACGUAAAUAACUGUAUGUGUUAAGUAUACCAAAAUAGAAGAUUUUUUCUUCUGUGGAUUUUAUUUUUUCAUCCCCUCCGAAACAGUAGGAGCUACUCUGAACAUCAUGUUGAGCUAUUAGCCAAUAUUGAUGUUACAUGGGCAAGGCCAAUUGCAUGAACUACUUGUCCAAAACCAUAGUUUAAAGACUUUAGCUUGUUCUUCAUCUUUCACUUCUUCUUAGCAACAACGUGAGAGACUAAGAGACCCUUUCAGGAGAAUCAGAUGUGAUUUUGUAAGUGGAUUUUACCAACAAAACUGUUAGAGGGUUCUGCUUACCAAGUCAUCAGCCAGAAAGAGAGUUCAUAGCAAUGAAGACCUUGAUUAUGAGUUUAAAUAGGAGUUUUCUGGCAACAUCUUGCUGGAAACUGCUGGCUUGUCAAUGAUAAAAAAAAUUCUGUGGGGAUGUCCCAUUUUCAAACUGACUUUUGUUGGAAUAAACUGGGUAAAACUGCUGAGCACCAAAAAGGAGAGAAGAUGAAACAGAGGAACAGGAACAGCAAUUAGCUUGGCCACUCAGCUGUGCUGGAGGAGGAGACAGAGUCCACACUCAGCCAGAGACUACCUCUAACCCUGAAAAGUUUCCCUUCUGUUCUGAUGAAGUCUCAGUUGCUUAAUCAUGUGAAAUUUCUCACUGUUUCUCCAAAGCAGUAGAUCAGGAAUUUUUUUUUUAAUUUUGGCAUUUUUAAAUCUUCAAAUUUUUCCUAGGGAAAGUGUUUUCAAUCCAGCUCUUGUUCUUGUAAAACCAGUAAGUAGUGUGUUCUUGGCUUCCCUGAGAGUAGGAUCAGAUCAGAUGAUACAUCAGUGUGUGUCAGCAUAGAUAUAUCAGUACAGAUUUACUUGCUUCUUAUGGUUCUACAGGUUGCUAUUAAGAUCGGUAUUAUUUUACAUUGCAUUAGCGCAUCCAGCCUACCAGGUCAACCCACAUUGUUCCUAGGCUGUGUAUAACCAUACUGUAAAUGACAGUUCUUGCCCCCCAAAGGCAAGAACUCUUAUGCUCACAAAGAAACAGCAACUUUUAAGUGACCAGAUUUUAACUGACCUUGAAUAGCACCUACCUCCGCAAGCAUUCAGUAUUCAUAAGGGUAUCAAAAUCUUGCCUUCUCUUUACUAUGUCUGAUAUUAUUAAAUGUUACAGCCUUCUUAAUCUAUAGCAGAACAUUUUUUUCCAGUGAAAUUUCAAAGGAAGGGUACUUGAGUCUCAUUUAUUUAUUUUAUACCUUAGCAAUUAAAUAGCAAAGAUCAAUAACAAAAGGAAAAGACAUGAGCGGCGUCCAGCCCUCAAAAGCACCUUUCAGUAAAAAUAAUUUAGCAAGGUGAUCACUCUGUGAAACUAUGAUGGAGCACAGAUGGAAAAUGAGGAAAAUUAUAGAUAUGGCUUUAUGGGAGGAGGAAAGGAGAAAGAGAUUUUUCACUAUUUAUUGAGAUAAUGAACAGAUAAUUCAUGAUUAUUAAGCUGUAGCCUUCAGACUACAUCCUGCCCUCUCUCCCCAUCUUCUCAGUUCAGAACUGGACCUGUUUGUGCAUCUAGGCACAGUUCAUUGGCUGGAGAAGGAUCAGGCCUUUAUGCUAGUUUUCACACAUCAGUGGAGUCACACAUGUCUUACACCAGCACACAUCUGACUCAGGACCCUGUAGGAAGAAGAGGAAUGAAGCAGAACAAGCAACAUGCAGCACAGAGUCUAUUCUGUAGAGACAGACUAAUAAAUGUGAUGGUGUUUCUUUUCUAAGUCCAUGUCAUGUUCAGGAAAGGGGCAGACUGUGAAUAAGGACAAUAACAUUAAAACACAGCACCAGGUAGCAAAGCCACAGAUCCUUGAGAGAGCCGAGCAGGUUCAUCCUCCAUCCCUCCACCUUCCUGUGCCUGGAGAUUCUUGUUUUCUGAAAGCAUCAGUUGACCAAGCCCUUGAAGGCAUGAGGUAGGAGGAAAGGCUUCCUGUAUUUGAUUUUGCAAUAGGGACCCUACUCUGGGGUGCAGAAUUGGCUCUGUCAGCUCUCUUCCCCUGACAGCCCCAGCAGCUGGACACAUGGGACCCAAAGCCGGGAGCGCAGAGGAGCCAGGGCAACCAAGAGGAAGGGCACGUCUGGGAGACGGGCCCUCUGCCAGGGUCCACCAAGAGGCAGAGGGAAAGGCAGACGCUCGCUAGAGCAGAGGAAGGGGGGAAGAGGUGGGGACAGGAGGGCGCUUGUUCAUCCUAGGAAAUUUGCACAUUCCCUUUAUUAAAACAAAACAAUUCCUCCUCCCCUCCAAAAUCCCUCCCUUGUAGCACUCAACACUAGCUCUUCAUCCAGGGGUCAGUACGUGCAGAAGUGGGGGAGGGAAGGAUGGGGGAGUGUAGGAGGUUGUCAUGUCUAAUGAAUACCCUGAAUGUAUCAAGAUAUAUAUUUUUUUCAUUUCAGAAAAGGUUCCAUUAAGAGGGAGACAGCCCUAACAUGUGCUUUGGCCCCUCAUCAGAUUUAUGAGUAUUUGCUCUGCUCUUUAAUAGGAAACUCUGCAGCAACUGCCACCUUGCCUGCUCUCCCUGAGAUACACAGUGGCUUCUCGGGGAAAUGCACUUCAUUAUUAAUGUGAAUUUGUACGUUUUUAUGACACUGCUUGGGGGAAGGGGCAGGCAGAGAUUUCCUGGUGAUGUAUGCUCAUUUCUAACCAUUUAUUGUCCCAGACAAUCGAAGAACAGUGAUAAACAUUGUUACAGAAAGUAGAGGGUGCCGCAGUGACAUUUUUGAAGGGAAAGGAGAGGUGGCUGGAGUGGUUUUGAUGUGGUUGUUCCUUUCCACUCCACCCUCCCCUAGCAGCUGUGUCAGAUCAAGCAACAGAGCAGCCUGUACGGUGGCAACUGCUACUUCUCCUUGCCCCCUCUUUUCUCAGGCAAGCAAAGACUGCUUGCUUGGUGCUUUGCUACAGUGGUGGGAGUACAGAGGAAGGAAAUUUGGGUAACCUGUACUGCAGAAGAUCACAAGUCUCAGAGUGACUGAGAUGUUCAGAAUCUCCAUGCCUCUUUACCCUAGCAGUUUCUUUUUGAUUUAUUACUGAGUAACCGGGCCCAGAAACCCUAUGCACACAGCAGCAGCUGCAAGGCAUCAAAGCCAGGAAGAGGAAGGCGAGGGGAUGGGGAUAUGGUUUACCAGGGUGUUCUCAGCAUCCUCCAGUUUCCCCUUCUACUGCCAGACUCAUCUGUGAUUAUCACAACCUCUCAAGAGCUCUGGGAGGGGAUAAAAACAGUGGGUUCAAACCGCACUGGAGAACCAAAGAAAGUCAGCUUUCAAGCUCACCCAAAAUAGAAAAAUCAGUAAGGCCGUGACCUGCAUAUGAUCUUUUGCUCCUCUCUUCUGCCUUUGCCCAGUAAUGCUGUGCACCUUCUGAUCAAGGUCAAGGUCAAGGUCAAGGUCACAUUAUAGUGCUCCUCUGCCUUGCAGCCCCUUGAGCUGCAAAAGACUUCUGUGCUUGAGGGAGAUUCCUUGGUUUCCUGUUGGGUUAUUCUCUCUCUGCAUCACUGCCAGCACAGGGCUGAGCUUUCUCUGUGCUGUUAAGCCCGUAGCCUCCAGCUAUAAGUGAACGAUUGCCAUGUUUUGUGUUCGUAUUCUAUUCCCUAGCCCUAAGUAUGCAGAAUCCUUUGUAGCAGGAGAUGUGCCCGACAGCUGUACACUGCUAAGACUUACUUUGUGACAUUUUUCUGCUCUUCUCUUAAAGCUGAGUAGUAGUGAGGUAAGAACAUAGGACUAGCCAUACAGGGUUUAGUCAAAGGUCCAUCUGUGUCCAUCUUAUCUCUGACCAUGACCACAGUAAAAGGAUAAGAACAGGGCAGGCCUGUAGUAAUAUUCCCAGAGCAUUCUCUUAGCUUCCACAUUUACAGUUCAGGGGCUUCUUCAGCCAAAGGAGAUUAUGUUCCUGUGGUCACAGAGUUGCAGAGAACGUGCAAUAGGCCUCGCUCAUAGCUGCAGCAGCUCAGGCACAUCUGUGAUGCCAGUUGGGGUGAGCUCUGGAGACACACCUUACUAAGGCAGUAAGCAGAGGACAUACAAACCAGCUAUCAGUAGUCGGAAUGGCACUGAGCCUUCAUACUUGUUCUUUGCACCUGGCUAAGCCCAGACCAUGAAGGAAUCACACCAUAGUUUAGUUUUAGAAUUAGCAAGGUGGGAUUUAGAUUUCUCUCUCAACUAUAUGCAGAGCAGGACUUGCCCCCUACUGCAGAGCAUAUAUUAGCACUGACCAGCAAUUCAGAAGAGGCAAAACUACUUACUCUGUUGCACAGGAAUAUAACAAUUUGAUCACUUCUGGGUUUGCUUUCAGCUUUUCUAAACCGCUAAAACGCUCUGUGUACAGACAAAAGCUUUCUUCCCCUCUCCUGUUGGAGAACUGUUAAAAUCUCAAUGUGAAAUUGCUGUUCUUACAAAGUCAUUUAAAGAAAACUCCGAAACACUUUAUAUUUGGAAUACCCCCCAAGUUUAUACCAUGAGUCACAGACUACCUGAAAUUAUCUAUCCCGAUAUGUGUAACCAAUAUCCUGAUAGAGCGCCCAGAUACCAGUAGCUAUCUCUAUUACACAGAUCCACCACUGCACUUCUCUUUCUUAUUUCAAGCCAAUGUUUAAAAGCAACUUUCUGCCCAGCAGUCCUGUCUCUGCCCUCUGCAUUUCUUCAUGUGAUCCUUGUGCAGUCAGCCCAUAGCCACAUGCUAUACCAGUACUCCAAGCACAACAGCGGCUCUGCAACAGUGACUGUAUUUCCAGGGGCAAGUCAAGACACUGGCACCGAUCCUUAAAUGGACUGAGUCCUUGUGGCUGCCAGCUUUCUUUAUAGGGCCAUUAAAAAGACAGACAUUGCCUUUGGUGGAUAUUGAAUUACAUCCCAAAGGAUAUCACAGGAGAAGAAUCCAUUUGAGACAUGACAAUAUUGUUGCCUGUUUCUCCCCUACCUACAUUCACAAGAAGUGCACAUACUUAAUACCUCCUUUGUACUCACUUAGCUCAGAGGCAAAUGGCUGCAUAUGAUUGAGGCUUCAGUGUCGCUAGCCACAAGACUAGAAUAGACAUCCACAGACAGAUAGGCUGUGGGUGGGCUUCCAGUUCAGUAAUUCACCUCCCUCUGUAAUUCUACGGAGUCCUAAUCUAUUGGCCUUGGUUUUCUAUGGUGCAAGACCCAGGUUUGUCUUCUAGGGAGAAGAUGAUGGGGGAGGUAAUUCUGUUUAUUUGAUUAGCGUUAUUUUAAAACAUUGUCUGUGCUCCCAGGAAUUAUGUGGUGGCCUUCCUUUAUAAAUCACAAAUGUGCAAAAAAAUAGCUCUCGAUAUUUUCCAAAGAGAUUAGGGCGAAAGUGGCUACAUUUGUAUUUCAUGUCUGGUGGAAAAAAACAUCAACAAGAGUGAUAAGUAUAGCCAAAAUGCGUGUAAAAGUACACCCUGUCAUUUGUUUUCCAUGUGCCAUAUGUUUUCUGAAUCCUGCACCUCCCACAUACAAAUUGCAUGGAAUAAUGUGGGGUGCACACAUUACUCAGGAUUAUUCAGUUAAGCCCUGCCUAUAUGGAAGGAAUUAACUUAGAUAAAGUCAAGCGACUGUGCUUUGUUUUGCUUUGUUUUUUGCUUAUUCUGGACUCAUAGAGUAGAAAAUUAAAGAUCCCACUGUGCCAGGCUUCAUAUCAUUUGAUUUUAAUUUAAUUCAUCUCUUCGAUUCUCCGUGUUUCUCCUUCUCUUUGAGUAUCAUCAGUAGGUGGUCCAAGCAUCAACCAGAAGAUUUACUGGCAAGACUAAAUGUAUGAACUGUAUGAACACAUUGUUUUUCCAAUAUGAUUUAAUGACCUUUUUGGCAUUCCCAUGGCUGUUGAAAUCUUCCAUAAUAAUUCCCUUGGACAGCCAAAGCUUCUGUUGAUCAGGUGAAAGCUGAUGCAAAUGUCAAAUGUCAAUAAAUUUGUAAUCCAUAAAUGUAAUACUUGGUGCCAGAGAGAGACAAGGUUAAACAGAGUGCAGCAAUAGCCACCUUAGAUAUGAGCUAGAUCCGAUUAUUGUGAACAGAAAAUAGACAGGAAAAAAAUGCCACCUCCAAAAAUUCUCCCUAGACAAGCUCUUUUUCUACUCCUUACUCCCUAUUCUCCCUGAAUGUUUUCUGAAUUGGUGGGUUUUCAUCAAAGAGAGCAUUUAUGGCUAGCAUUUAGCGGAAGCAGUUUGGUGAUGUGGCUUCUGUUCCUUGUUCUGUUAUUGACUCAUGGUGUGAGGUUGAGGUUUAACUUCUCUGUGUUUCAAAAGGAGCUCUUGAACAAUUCCAAGAUUUAGGAGGCUCCAGAGUUUGAUCCUACAAAUGAUUAGUUAUGCAAGAUAUUCCAGUAAACUAACAGGACCACUUUUAUAACUUAGGUGUUGCAGGAAUGAGCCAAGACUCCUUUAUAGUUUUAAGAUGCUUGAAAAGGGUGAGCCAUGUAUGAAGCAUGAUUUUAUAUACAAUAAAGACAUAAGAACACUCACAUAAUUUCCCAAGAGAUUUUCUUAAGGGCCCUCCACUUUGACCUUUGGCUCUGAAAGCUCUAGUUUGUUUGACAUUGAAAAAAAGCAAAUGUGUGAAUACAGUGCCAUGAGCGUUUGCACUUUGAACAUGCUGGGGCUGAACGCGGCUGAACUGGAAAAGACUGCAACAGCUAAUGUACUGGGAAAAUAUAACAGAGGCAUUUACUUAAUAAGUCAACUAAUUCCUUUAGCUCACCUUGUAGGGAUUUAACCUUUGAAUGAGAGAGUCCCUAGUUCAAAAUCCCGUGUCUCCUCUGUCCUCAUGUUAAUUUUUAAAUUAUAUAUCAUUGUUGAGAGGCCCUUGUGUUGAGCAUUACAGGCUAUUUUUCAUGUCUAAAAUGGGGAAUUAUAACUGAACAUUAGCUACUGCCUAUAAAUCACAUGGAGCAGAGUAGUAUCUGCAUCUACUCAGUAACAGGAGUGGAAGAAUUGUAACUUACUUAAAAUGAGGCAGAAAAGAGGACACAAACACAGUCACAGGGAUAACUGAGACCUGGGAAAAGUAAUGAUUAUUCCAACGGCGUGAUGCUUUGGACUCCUGUUUUCCGGAGUUCUCUACCAUCAGUUUUACAAGUACACAGUCGCAGUAGGAGCUCAGCCCAUCUGGAUGGGAAACGGCGAGCUGGAAGCUAUUUCACACACCCCUGCAAUGCCACCUAGUGCGCUGCUGGUUGUGCUGGACCAUGCUUGGGGUGGCAGUGAGCUUUUUCAGAAACUGGAAAUAGCACACAUUUCUUGCUCUCCCCAUCUCUAUUCUCCAUCAGCAGGCGCGACUGAGUAGUGACCACAAUUCCCUAACCUGGGGUAUGUUUUUAUUUCUAAUUGUAGCUAAAGUCAGGGUAAGGAGGAGACAGCACUAGGCUGUUAAGAGAACGAUCAUCAAGGCUGCUGGAGGUGGACUGACCAGAUACUUCUCUGGCUGUUCUGCUCACAGAGUGAGAAAUGCAGCUGCUUGAUAAUAUUGUGUUACCUUAAAAGACAACAAAAUAAGCCUAAACUUCUAGCUGAAUCUAGCCUGCUUCAUGCAUUUGUCUCUGCUGGCCUUUCUCCUCCCUUAUUUUCUUUUUUAGUUCCCUUAUUUUUGAGAAAGCUUCAAGAUCUCUUGUGUCCUGAUUGGGGUUAACAAGAUCUAUGUGCUACCGUGUGUCACUAGAAAUUAUUCAGUCCCUUUUGAAGGGAGGGACCAUCUUUUACUCUGUACGGCACCUUGCACAGUGCAGUCCUGUGUCUGCCAGGAGUUUUGGAUCCUAGUACAUCAAUAGCUUAAAAAAAAAAGCCAAAUGCUCACAUAUUUCAGUCUAAGAUCCCAGGAGUCUCCCAGCAUGUUUGCUGCUGCCUGUCUGUUCGGAGAUUCCUCAUUUUGUGGGUCAGAUACCUUCAGCUGCCCAGGGCCAGCCACUGGAGAUGCUUAGUAACAUACCUGAAACGAAUGUAGCCACAGUGAGUCUGUGACUGAUUAGUUCUCCCCACAAUGUAGGUCUCUUAAAAAGAGCAUACGGCUUCUCAAAGAGAUUUUACUGAGUUUAAAGCUUUAGGAUUCUUACAUAACAAACAAUAAUGAAAGCUUUCU